CGCCUAUGUCCUGCUUGUCCUAGCGUAGCGGUGAAGGUGAAACCGGUUACCCGCUGUCUACUCCCUCCUUACCUGCCUGCUAGCUAGAAGACCCCGGGCCGCCUUCCAUCUUCUCUUCAGCCAUGUCCGUGUUCAGCGACGUCCCGCAGGCGCCCCCGGUUGCCGUCUUCAAGCUCACCGCUGACUUCAGGGACGACAGUCACCCACAGAAGGUGAAUCUUGGCGUCGGAGCCUAUCGCACAGAUGAUUGCCAGCCGUGGGUGUUGCCGGUGGUCAAGAAGGUGGAGCGACUCAUCGUGGAGGACACCAGUCUCAACCACGAGUACCUGCCCAUUCUCGGACUCCCCGAGUUCCGCUCGGCCGCCUCCAAGGUCGCCCUGGGAGACGACAGCCCCGCCAUCAAGGAGAACAGGGUGGGUGGUGUCCAGGCACUGGGUGGGACGGGUGCGCUGAGGAUCGGAGCGGAGUUCCUGCGGCGUUGGUACAACGGCGUCAACAACACGGCCACGCCCAUUUACGUGUCGGCACCCACCUGGGAGAACCACAAUGGCGUGUUUGCAGACGCUGGAUUCAAAGACAUCCGGCCAUACCGCUACUGGGAUGCUGCUAAGAGGGGUCUGGACCUCAGUGGCCUGCUGGAGGACCUCGAGAAAGCUCCAGAAGGUUCCGUCUUCGUGCUGCAUGCCUGCGCACACAAUCCCACCGGCACCGACCCCACUCAGGACGAGUGGAAGCAGAUUGCAGAGCUCAUGAAGAGAAGGAAUCUCUUUGUCUUCUUUGACUCCGCCUACCAGGGCUUCGCGUCCGGCUCUCUGGAGAAAGACGCCUGGGCCAUCCGCUUCUUUGUGUCCCAGGGAUUUGAGCUCUUCGUGGCACAGUCCUUCUCCAAGAACUUUGGGCUGUACAACGAGAGGGUGGGCAACCUGACCGUGGUGGCACGCGACAGCGAGAACUUGAGCCGCAUCCUGUCUCAGAUGGAGAAGAUUGUCCGGACUACCUGGUCCAACCCGCCCUCACAGGGGGCGCGUGUGGUCAGCAAGACCCUCAACUGCCCUGAAUUGUUUGCAGAAUGGAAGUCCAACGUGAAGACCAUGGCCGACCGGGUGCUCCUCAUGAGGGACCAACUCAAGUCCAAACUGCAGGCCCUCGGCACCCCGGGGACCUGGGACCACAUCACCCAGCAGAUCGGCAUGUUCAGCUUCACGGGUCUCAACCCCAAUCAGGUGUCGUUCAUGAUCAAAGAGAAGCAUGUGUACUUGAUGGCGAGCGGGCGCAUCAACAUGUGCGGCCUCACCUCCAAGAACAUCGACUACGUGGCCCAGUCCAUCCACGAGGCUGUCACCCAGGUCCAAUAAGAGGCCAUGCCCCCUGCUUGCCUUGCCUUCGUUCAGCAUCGCCCCCUCCGGCCUCUGAUUGGCUAGACUGCCAAUGAGAAGUCCCUCCAGGUGGCGCCACGUGUCCCUCCAUAUGUCAAAUCCUGCUUUUGUCUCCCGUGUGACGUCAGGCCAGUAACGUGCAUCCUCACCUUUUGCUGUUUGUGUAACUGUAAGCACAUUUCACCCAUGACGUCAUCACACACUUUGUCUUGAAGUCUCUGGGCCCGAACUACACUGAAAUAUUCAAGAAUAUGCUAGGAACGUGAAGAGCUGCUCUCCUGCUGUAUUUGAAUCAAACGAGUGUCAUGUCAUUACAAGAAACCUGAUUAGCUUUUCUUCAUUUGUUUGUCUUAAUGUUUGAAAGCUGAUAAAAAUGUCCUUCAGGGCUUAGAAUACUGAAAAGUGCUGGAAUUAUACAGUAUGGGAUAUGGGAAAUGAUUGUUUCAGCACACACAGCUAUAAACUAUGAGUGUUGCAGUUUGCCUGUCAGGUGCACUAAUAAAAUCCCAGCUGUACAUGAAA